UUGACCUCUUACUGACCCAUCAUUUCCUUUUUUUUUUCCUCUCUCUUCUCUCUCUCUCUGCUUUUUUUUGCCCUAUCCAUAGGGUUUCUUCUCUCGAUCUUUGAUCUUCAUGUGCCUUUCGAUCUUUUGUAUAAUCAGAACUGAUCUGUUUGUUUUCUUCUUAAUCGUCUUCGGAUCUUUCGUUUUUGCUCUUUCCCACUGGUUUUCGCUUGAGUUUUCAUCAAGCGUUUUUUAUUUUCCUGGGAUUUUUGAGCUUCAAUCAUGUCUCAGAUCUAUAGCUUCGCUGGUGAAAAUGAAUUUUACCGUCGUGGAGCAAUAUACCCAAAUCCAAAGGAUGCUAGUCUUUUGUUGUCGCUUGGUAGUUUCGUUGAUGUGUAUUUCCCACCUAGUAAGAGGUCACGCGUUGUUGCACCGACGGUGUUCAGUUCUUUCGAGAAGAAGCCAGUUUCAAUUGAUGUACUCCCAGAUGAGUGUCUUUUCGAGAUCUUUAGACGAUUGCCUGGACCGCAAGAGAGGAGUGCUUGCGCUUUCGUGUCGAAACAUUGGCUUACGCUUGUUAGUAGUAUCAGGCAAAAGGAGCUAGAUGUGACUUCCAACAAAACUGAAGAUUGUGAUGAUUGUGAAGGAUGUUUGUCUAGGAGUUUAGAUGGGAAGAAGGCAACUGAUGUUAGAUUGGCUGCUAUUGCUGUUGGAACAGCUGGUCGUGGGGGACUUGGGAAGUUGUCUGUUCGAGGAAGUAGUUCUAGCAAGGUUUCAGAUGUUGGUCUUAGGUCUAUUGGUCGUAGCUGCGCUUCUCUUGGGUCUCUUUCCUUGUGGAAUCUUUCUAGUGUUACUGAUAAUGGACUCUUGGAGAUUGCUGAGGGUUGUUCUCAACUUGAGAAGCUUGAACUUAACCGUUGUUCUACAAUUACUGACAAGGGUUUGGUAGCGAUUGCGAGGAGCUGCCCUAACUUGAGCGAGCUUACAUUGGAGGCUUGUUCAAGGAUUGGAGAUGAAGGUCUGCAAGCCAUUGCACGAUCCUGCUCCAAGCUGAAGUCAGUUUUGAUCAAGAACUGUCCUCUUGUCAGGGAUCAAGGAAUCGCAGCCUUGCUUUCAAACACUACCUUUUCGUUGGCUAAACUUAAGCUUCAGAUGUUGAAUGUUACUGAUGUGUCUCUUGCUGUUGUUGGUCAUUACGGCUUGUCAGUCACUGAUCUUGUCCUCUCUGGAUUGCCACACGUGAGCGAGAAGGGGUUCUGGGUCAUGGGAAAUGGUGUUGGGCUACAAAAGUUGAACUCUCUAACCAUCACUGCCUGCCAGGGAGUGACUGACACGGGGCUUGAAUCUGUGGGAAAGGGAUGCCCAAACAUGAAAAAGGCGAUCAUCAGUAGAUCCCCUUUGUUAUCCGACAAUGGGUUGGUUUCUUUUGCAAAAGCAUCUUUAUCACUGGAGAGUGUUCAGCUUGAAGAAUGCCACAGAGUCACCCAAUUUGGGUUUUUUGGUUCUCUUUUGAACUGUGGUGAAAAGUUGAAGGCUUUCUCUCUGGUGAACUGCUUGGGCAUUAGAGAUCUCACAACUGGCUUGCCUGCUUCACCUCAUUGCAGUGCUCUGCGUUCCCUGUCUAUUCGUAACUGCCCUGGCUUUGGUGAUGCAAAUCUUGCAGCCAUCGGAAAGCUGUGCCCUCAGCUCGAGGAUAUUGAUCUAUGCGGGCUCAAGGGGAUAACAGAGUCUGGUUUUCUACAUCUAGUUCAGAACUCGCUUGUGAAGGUGAACUUCAAUGGUUGUUCCAAUUUGACAGACAGAGUGAUCUCUGCCAUCACUGCUCGUAACGGUUGGACUCUUGAAGUCUUAAACGUCGAUGGAUGUUCCAAAAUCUCUGACGCCAGCCUGGUCUCCAUUGCAGCAAACUGCCAGAUUCUCAGUGAUUUGGAUCUUUCAAAAUGCUCCAUCUCAGAUUGUGGGAUUCAAGCAUUAGCUUCAUCUGACAACCUCAAACUGCAGAUCCUAUCCCUGGCAGGUUGCUCUAUGGUCACAGACGAGAGCUUGCCAGCCAUAGUGAGUUUGGGUUCAACUCUAUUGGGAUUAAAUCUCCAACAAUGUCGAUCCAUCUCCAAUUCCACUGUCGACUUCUUAGUCGAGCGCCUUUACAAAUGCGACAUCCUCUCCUGAUCGAUAAUUCCACUCUCAACUUAUCCACCUAUAAUGAAAAGGUAUUUUAGUCCGUCCAAGUUCGUUUAUCAAGUGUCAACCCUUUUUCAGGCUCUGUGAUCUACGCGUCUCUCGCUAAGGCUCGGUACCCGGUUUUCCUUCUUUUUGUUUCUCCAAGCAGUUCGCUUCCGGUUUCUUUUUUGCCAGUCAAUGGUUUUUUUUUGGCAGGGUUUCCUCCGGGGAAACUCUAGCUUACCCAAGAAACCGGAAGGUCAUGUGUUGCUUGAGAACAUGUUUUAACCGGGUAUACGAGGUUUUAGAUGUUUACCAUCAUCUCCUGUUUUCUUGCUUGGUGUCUUUUACGAGCCUACUAUUAUCAGUCGUUUGUCUUUGUGUUGCAUAUGGUUUUCCCUCGUAAGGGUCUUUGUAUGAUUUGUGUACGGGUUCAGGUUUUGUACAUGCCUCGGGUGUUCGUUCUCUCAAGAGGUUUGCUCUGGCUUUUGUUGCAACAACUCUAAUGAAAAGAGUUUUUGUUUUGUUGCUUUUUUUUUUUGCCAGAGCCCUCGUUUCCUUUUUUUGUCCAGGCUUGUAUUACAAAUCUGUAUCAUCACUGUAUCAAAUUAUGUAAUGUCCUUUGGGAUGGUUUAAUGAGUAUUGAAUAAAAUUCUCAUUUCGUUGUAUAAUA